ACGUGCGGAGCUAGUCACACUUCACUUCGUUCCCGUUCCGUUCCCCGCGUCCCGCUGUCGUCGUCGUCGUCGUCGUCGCGCGGCCGUAGCGCUCUCGCGGCAGUCGCGGUCGUCUGCGAUGAGUUUAGUUUUGAAAACAAAGGGCCGCACGCCGUAUAUCGUGGUGCGUCGUCACACGGCUUGCGCUUAAAGAAAAGCGGAAGCGCCGCCGCGCGAGUGCGGCGCAAGACGGCGGACGAGGAUUAAAACGCCGUGCGUUGUGGGACAAGUCGUACUACGAUUUCAACGGUCCUUCCGUCCCUCAUUCGUUUCAGCUGUUUAUUCGUACGUCCGUCCGUCAUUCUCAUUCUCUCCUAUGUGCUUCUACCUAUAAAGAUAUUUAUCCUGUUUAUCUCUUUUCUCUCUCUAUCUCUCUCUCCCGGCCGUUCUCGAAACUCCCUGUGACACUCUCCCUUCGUGUUAUCCCUUCGUGUUGAAAACGUAAUCAACACAAAAAAAUGGACGCACUUCGGGAGCAGGUGAUGAUCAAUCAGUUUGUGUUGGCCGCGGGCUGUGCCAGGGAGCAGGCGAAGCAAUUGCUGCAGGCAGCACAUUGGCAGUUUGAGACCGCUCUCAGUAUUUUCUUCCAAGAGGCGGCGAUACCCUCCUGCGCGCAAGGAGCCGGCACCCACUUCGGCCAAAUAACACCAUGCAACACGCCAGCCACUCCGCCGAAUUUCCCGGAUGCGUUGCUGGCGUUUUCCAAAAUGUCUGCAGGUGAAAAAACUCCAUCGGGUAUGUCUCCGAGCCAGAAUGGAUUUCAGGCGAAUUCGACACCGAUGGCGGGCAUUGUGCAGCAUCAUACUGCCGGUGGCCGGUGUAGUGCAUCCGGCAACACAACACAGCAACAGACGCAACCUCAACAAACGCAAUUCGGCUUGGGCGAGCCACAAAGAUAAAAAUGACUGUGCUAAUUGGCGAUGCGCAAGUACGAAACGUCACGUAGAUACGCGCGAUAACGUUUCCGGAGAACAAAAUAUUGCGCUCUAAGCAUGAAACGAAAAAGAGAGAGGGAAGUGAAAAAUGUGUAUACGGAAAAAAGGAAACUCUAUGUUUUCUGAGAAAAUGCAUCCUUCCCGGAAGAGAAUGAAGGACAUUCUCGAACAUCGCAGCGACUAUACGGAAGAUAUCUUCUGCAGAUCAGAACUGGAAUUAUUGAAUCGUUACGUUAUUCACGCACAAUAAGCGAAGCGUGCAUUGUGUUACGUGCGAAUAAGUCUGAGUGUUAAUUUCCCCGACGAUGCCCGAAUGUGACACGUAUUUCGAUGACUAGAUUUCCUUCUCGGCUUCCUUGAGAGAUCUAGCGUAGAACGGUACGUUGAGUCCUCUAUAUCUGUAUAUAGCGGCACAAAAAACGCGAGAGAGGGAGAAGGGACGAAAAUCAUAUCAAAAAGCCUUCUUUUUUCUUUGACCCGUCGGGACCAUCUCAUAGGUCCAAAACGGUCGAGGACAUCGACAACUUGGAAUGGACGCACUAUGAGAACGGCUCCUUCACUCCAAUCUGACUUCCUUGUCUCCUUAGACGCUGUAAACACGCGACUGUUUCUCAAAUUCACUGUACAUCACCGUUAGACUAGGCUGGAUUUCCACUAUCACUUCCACACCACAGUACAAAAGAGUUGAGAAGUACAGUUUCCUCGAUUACUUGAAAACUUUCUCUUUAUCACACAUUUUCGCGGAAGAUAUGACGGGAGAUUGUACGUAUCUUUAAUGUAGAUGGACCGACAUCGUUACUAUACGAUGACUCGGCAGACAUUUAUUUAACCGUGGAAUUCGAGUGUUUUAUUACGAUUCUUUCGCUGUUCUCUUAAAAUAGUGAUGCUUGCGGUACGCGUUAUUUGGGUGACGCGUCCCGUUUCCAUAUACAUAAGCGAUAUUUCGAUGGUAUAAAUAUACGAGGCUAAAUAUAAUAAACAAAGUUCUAACGUGUAAAAAUUUGUAAAAAGAGUAUCUCGAGUUAUGUAACGUUUGUUUUACAUAAUAAAUAACUAUGUAAAAAGUAAGUAAAAUAAAAAAAAAGGAAGAGAUCUCGCGAGUGAUAAAAGUAUAAUAGUUCGAAGGAUUGAUUCAAGAAUUAAUGUAACCCGGUGAAUAUGAGCAGUGAGGAAUUCUUGAUUCGAUUAUUUCGGCUAUUCGCGAAUGUACUAGAGAUUAAUCGCCUGGGUUUACGCAGCACUAGACUUCACGAUGUUCACAAAAGAAUGCUCUUGUAUGGCAGCUGGCAAUACGAUUCUGAUAUCAUAGUAUAUCAAUAUCCGAAUAUAUGGAACUCUGUAUCUUUCAUUAUAUUUCUCAUAACAUACAUGGACAAUUAUUAUAGA